UAAUUACAUGUCUGUAGUAAGUGUGUUAGCUCCACAGGGAGCUGAGUCCUUUUGGAGAGGAGGAGAAAUAGAUUUUAUUUUUUUGGGUAACGUGAAAAGGGUCAGUGCAUAACCCAGUUCUCAUUCGAAUACGAUAAAGGUAAUUGUUGCUCUCAAGUGAAUGCCUGGCACUUCCUGAUUCUGCUCCUCUCGUUCAUUGCUCAUGUCUGUAUUAUGCAGACGUCUGCUUUCCAAAGAGAGGAGCAGGUUUUUAUGAGAAGAGAGAAGAAAAUUGACCAUUUUGGAAGCGUUUGCUGUAGGUGCUGCUGGAUGCUUUGCUGUGAACCAGGGCCGAAGGCUGACCAAAUCCGAGGGAGGAUUUGUAUGUAGGAAGAGAAGGUUAUGGCUGUUCAGCGUGCUCCAGAAUCUGCUCUUAGCUUGUUGAUGAUGACAGAGGGCCGCCGAUGUCAAGUGCACCUCCUCGAUGACAGGAAGCUGGAACUUCUCGUGCAGCCAAAGCUUUUGGCCAAGGAGCUGCUCGACCUGGUGGCAUCUCAUUUCAACCUGAAGGAGAAGGAAUACUUUGGAAUUGCCUUCACAGAUGAAACGGGACAUUUAAACUGGCUUCAGCUGGACCGUAGAGUGCUAGAACAUGACUUCCCCAAAAAGUCAGGACCAGUUGUUUUGUACUUCUGUGUCAGGUUCUACAUUGAGAGCAUAUCUUAUUUAAAGGAUAAUGCCACCAUCGAGUUGUUUUUCUUGAAUGCAAAGUCCUGUAUUUACAAGGAACUCAUUGAGGUUGACAGCGAGGUGGUGUUUGAAUUGGCCGCAUACAUCUUACAGGAGGGGAAAGGAGAUUUUGCAAGCAAUGAAAUUGUAAAGACUGACUUGAAGAAGCUUCCAGCCCUUCCAACGCAAGCCCUGAAGGAGCACCCCUCCCUUGCUUACUGCGAGGACAGAGUCAUCGAGCAUUACAAGAAACUGAGUGGUCAGACAAGAGGCCAAGCAAUUGUAAAUUACAUGAGCAUUGUAGAAUCCCUCCCAACGUAUGGAGUCCAUUAUUAUGCAGUAAAGGACAAGCAGGGAAUUCCCUGGUGGUUAGGACUUAGUUACAAGGGCAUUUUUCAGUACGACUACCACGACAAAGUGAAACCAAGAAAGAUCUUCCAAUGGAGGCAGCUAGAGAACCUGUACUUCCGAGAGAAGAAGUUUUCCGUGGAAGUUCACGACCCACGCAGGGCUUCUGUGACCAGGAGAACGUUUGGGCACAGUGGCAUUGCCGUGCACACGUGGUACGCCUGUCCUGCAUUGAUCAAAUCCAUUUGGGCUAUGGCCAUUAGCCAGCACCAGUUCUACCUGGACCGAAAGCAGAGUAAGUCCAAGAUUCAUGCUGCGAGAAGCCUAAGUGAAAUCGCUAUUGACCUGACUGAAACUGGAACGCUGAAGACUUCAAAACUAGCCAACAUGGGAAGCAAAGGCAAAAUUAUCAGCGGCAGCAGUGGCAGUCUUUUGUCAUCAGGUUCCCAAGAGUCAGAUAGCUCUCAGUCUGCCAAGAAAGACAUGCUGGCUGCGUUGAAAUCCAGGCAGGAAGCUCUGGAAGAGACACUGCGCCAGCGACUGGAGGAGCUAAAGAAACUGUGUCUCCGAGAAGCGGAGCUCACAGGAAAGCUGCCCAGGGAAUACCCCCUAGAUCCAGGAGAGGAGCCACCUAUUGUAAGGAGAAGAAUAGGGACUGCCUUUAAACUGGAUGAACAGAAAAUACUGCCUAAAGGAGAGGAAGCGGAGCUGGAGCGCCUGGAGAGGGAAUUUGCAAUUCAGUCCCAGAUCACUGAGGCUGCUCGGCGCCUGGCCAGUGACCCCAAUGUCAGCAAAAAGCUGAAGAAACAAAGGAAAACCUCCUACCUUAAUGCCCUAAAGAAACUGCAGGAGAUCGAAAACUCCAUCAAUGAGUACCGCAUCAAAUCUGGAAAGAAGCCAACACAGAGAGCCUCCCUGAUCAUAGAUGAAGGAAACAUCGCCAGUGAAGAUAGCUCCCUCUCAGAUGCCCUUGUUCUUGAGGACGAGGAUUCUCAGGUUAUCAGCACAAUAUCCCCCUUACAGUCACCUCACAAAGGACUCCCUCCCCGGCCACCCCUACAUAACAGACCACCUCCUCCACAGUCAUUGGAAGGACUCAGACAAAUGCACUACCACCGGAAUGAUUAUGACAAGUCCCCUAUCAAGCCCAAGAUGUGGAGCGAGUCAUCCCUGGAUGAACCCUAUGAGAAGGUCAAGAAAUGCUCCUCACACAGUCAUUCCAGCAGUCAUAAGCGGUUCCCCAGCACAGGAAGCUGUGCAGAGGCUGGAGGGAGCAGCUCUCUGCAAAAUAGCCCCAUCAGGAGCCUCCCGCAUUGGAAUUCCCAGUCCAGCAUGCCAUCUACACCAGAUCUACGGGUACGCAGUCCGCAUUAUGUCCAUUCCACUAGGUCAGUAGACAUCAGCCCAACCAGACUGCACAGCUUAGCUCAGCACUUUAGACACAGAAGCUCCAGCUUAGAGUCACAAGGCAAGCUCCUUGGGUCAGAGAACGAGACGGGGAGCCCCGAUUUCUACACCCCAAGGACUCGUAGCAGUAAUGGCUCUGACCCCAUGGAUGACUGCUCUUCGUGCACCAGCCAUUCCAGCUCUGAGCACUACUACCCUGCUCAGAUGAACCCCAACUACUCCACCCUGGCCGAGGAUUCCCCCUCAAAAGCCAGAGAGCGGCAGAGGCAAAGGCACAAAUCUGCGGGAAACCUGGUCUCUUCUAAUUCAGGGAGCAUGCCCAACCUGGCAGCAAGGAACGGAACCGGGCACCCGGGGGUCUAUCUGCAUAGCCAGAGCCAGCCUUCCUCUCAGUACAGGAUCAAAGAGUACCCCCUGUACAUCGAAGGCAGCUCCACGCCCGUGGUGGUGCGCAGCCUGGAGAAUGACCAGGAGGGACACUACAGCGUGAAAGCACAAUUUAAAACCUCCAACUCCUACACGGCAGGGGGGAUGUUUAAAGAAAACUGGCAUGGGGACGAAGUGGACUCAAUCAGACUGACCCCCUCCCGUUCUCAGAUCAUAAGGACUCCAUCUCUGGGCAGAGAAGGCCAUGAGAAGGGCUCAGGCAGGACUGCAGUAUCAGAUGAACUCCGGCUGUGGUACCAGCGGUCCACAGCCUCCCACAAGGAGCACAGCCGCCUGUCGCACACGAGCUCCACCUCCUCGGACAGCAGCUCCCAAUACAGCACAUCUUCUCAAAGCACCUUUGUGGCACACAGCAGGGUAACGAGGAUGCCUCAAAUGUGUAAAGCAACAUCAGCUGCCUUACCUCACAGCCAGAGGAGUUCAACACCAUCUAGUGAACUAGCAGCUACACCACCAAGCAGUCCCCACCACAUCGUAGCAUGGCAGACUGGGAGCUACAAUGAUAGCUGUUUCCUGGAUUCUCCCCUCUAUCCAGAACUAGCAGAUGUCCAGUGGUAUGGACAGGAAAAAGCCAAGCCUGGGACUCUAGUGUGAACCCCUGACCUCAAUCCGAUCACAUCAAUGCCAUUCUGAGAUCACCUCACUGCCUCUCAUUUGCCUUACCCAGAUGCACUGUCUCCCGGCACCAGCUUCAACGCUAAGCACUUUUCUCGAAAUGCGAUUCAAGAUGCCAUUACAGAUACUAGCCCCAGACUGCAUCCGCAACCACCAACGGAUAGCAGUGUUUCAAACCACGUUGCCACGGACUGACAUACAACUUCUAUAGCCCAAAGGGCCGGGACUGGGGACAGUAUGAAUAACUAUGUUAGCAGCCAGAUGGCAGCGGGGUUUUUUCUUUGAAAGCCUUUCAAGGUAUAAAUACAAUCUUAUAGGUCUACAUGGGAAAAUAGUAAGAUUUCUACAACUUGCAGUCUGAAGCCAACAGAACAUUAGUUAAGGGGGCAAGAAACAGCAAUUGUGAAAUAUAUUCCUUACUCCUGAAGUAUUUAUUUGGAGUAAAGAAAAGCUCCUCUUGCUUCAGAAAUGUGCCAGAAUAUCGCAAUCAGUUCAGUGCUGCCAAGAUCACAGAAUGACUACGAGACGAGAGCACGGGCAGCGUCUCUGUAAGUGUGCCCAUUUCCAGAGAUGACAGUCUACACUUUGGAAACUGUUUUUACUUCCUUCCUCACUUUAAGCCCUUCCAAAAAAUAAAACAACCACCACCAAAACCCAUCGGGAUGAAGACACACCGGAGCUCUGGUCUGGGAUCAUAAAAUCAGUCUUGAAAAGCUGCUGUUUAAACUGGACAGACACAAAGGUUUACAAGGGUAUGAUCUAAAGCAGAGGCAAGUGCUGCUACUCUUAGCAUCUUUGCCUGGCACAGGCUAACCAACAAUACAUGCAGUUUUUGUUUGGGGUUUUUUGUAACGCUUAUGAUAAAUUAAGGUGAAAAUUGCCAAAAGCCGUUCUAUGAAUAGAAAUAACCAAUAAAGGAUAUCUUAUUUAUGCACAAAGUGUUUAACAUGAAAUCAAAGGAAAGCACAUUACGAGCUAAUCGACGUGAUCAAGCCACAUUAGCAUAACGGUUCCAAUUAUUAUGCUUUUGGUAAGUGCCAGUGUAGCAAAGGGCUCAUCACCAAACUAUUGGUAUCCAAGGGACCCCACGAUGUUAUAAAGCGGAAGGGUUCAGUAGGGUUCUCUAUGAACCAGCAGACUAGGCAAAUUUUCAGAUUGCAAGAAAGAACCAUAAUGAAUAAAAGCUAAUUAAUUAGUAACCUUGAUGCACUUGACACAGACUCUCAUUGUCUACGGAUACCAAAAGGAAGCCUAGGAGAGAGUCGUGACCAGGAGCUGCAAGUUUACAUGUACUUUGGAGCAAUGCUUUACACAUGUCAAGCCAUCAAACGGCAAAAGGCCUCAAAGACACUUUUGUGCUGAAGUAGUGCACAAGCUUGGUAGGGGUUGAAGCUGGCACGUCUCGUCUUCGCUACGGUGCUAUGCUGUUUUUAUUGCCUCUAGAUGGGGUGGGGUUCUCGCCCCAUUUGUGCAUGCGGAUGACGAUUUCCUAUGGGAAAGGCAAUUAAAGAAAUGGCUGGAGGGGCUUACUUUGUGAAAAGCAGAAACUGAGGUUAGCUUUAGUUUAAAGAAAUCAAGUGUGCUUGCGUGCGUGCGUGUGUGUGUGUUCGAAGAAUAAUGCUAGUCUACCAGACAAGGAGGGCAGGAAAUUGAAAACUAAACUUGAGGGCUGCCACACCUUUUUCUUGUAAUAGUAUCACUGGGAAACUUUUUUACCAGAAGCUUUCAAGAGCACAGAUUGGAGGAGGCUUGGAAAGACUAGGAGUAGGGGGAGUGUUUGUUUAAAAAUGAAUGUUAGCAGUUACUGUGAGUGCUUUUUCCUAUAUCGUUUAUACGUGUAUUGACUUGUUUUAAUAUUCUGCACUUACCUGCUACCCUGCAGUCUCCCUAUACUCCUGUGAGGCACUGUAGGAGCUGUAGCUGGGGGGGCAAGUGAGGCCUGGGGCGGUUAUCUGACUUGCCCAAGAGCAUGUAGGAAGAAAUAGAACUCAGCUCUGACUUCUGUGCCAUUAGUUAUAAAAAUCACCUCUCCACAGAGCUGGCAAAUUUUUGCACUGGCAGGAAAUUUAAAUUUAAAACACUAAAGCCUCUGUUUGCCAAAAGCUGGGAAUGGGCGAGAG